CAAGGUAGUCCUUAUGUGCUGGACCACUUUCUGUUUACAGGUAUUAAUGCCACCUGCUGGAUGUUCAGGUUCCUACAGCUUUGAGUUACCCUUCCUGUUAGGCAGGAAGUUGUCAUAAACCAGGAAGCCCAGCCCAGGGAGAGUACCGCAUGGCGUAGAAUGUAAUUCCUGUGCGUAAUUUACUGCCAUCCCACCGCGCCAGUUUGUUAGACGCAUUGUCUGUGAGUAAUUAUGUUUGUGUAACAGCAUCUUUAUACGUUAUUGUGCAGGAUUGCUAUUAUUAACACAGUUAAGAAUGUUUCAUGUGCCCUGGCUGUUUUCUUACAUAACAGCACUGUAUUUAGUGGUGGCAUCAUAGUUUAUGUUUGUUUACCAAGUGUAUAACGUUACUAAAUAUGCGGUUUCCCUUUCUGCUUGUAUGUUACAGUUUCACAGUUGACUACAGUAAAGAAUCAACGACAUCUCGUGUCUACGGGUCUUUAUUGGAUUAAUUGUUUAACUUGCUAGAUAGCUGGAUAGGGACAUUCAGCGAGUCCACUAUAGUGAAAAGACAGCACCACAACAAGCUGUACUACAGGGUGGCUCACAUCAUCACAUUGUCCGUCCACACCUCAACGCCAUGGCAACAAGCAACCAAGACAACGCUUCACAGAAUGAAGCCAAGUCCCUCAGCGUUCGUUCUUACUGCUCUGCAGCCAGUUCCAGUGCCAGCAUGGCCGUCCUUAAAGCACGGGCUAAAGCAAAAGCAGCCGAAUCCAGAGCAGCAUUCGUUCAGAGAGAGCUAGAUAUGAAGGUCGACGCUGCGUGGAUUCAGGCGACCUUAGAGGCCUUGCAGCAAGAAAAAGAGAUGGAAGCAUGAAAAAUAGAGGCCAACACCAUAGAAGCAGGUUUAUUAGCAGAACAAGGGUCACGUGAUAGAUCACCGAGCCCUGUUCACCCUCAAAACCAGCACGAGUGUACUCUGGAAUACGUCAUAGAGCAAGCCAGCAUAAAGUCAAGCCAACAUGUCACUGAUUAUGAUAUCGAGAGUGGUAGCAUAGUAUUUUGUCCAUUGCCGCCCGUUCACCAGACUAAAUCUAAUCUGGCCAGUUCAUUUCAUAGGCAUCACAAUCCCAGUAAUGUGCAAGGAAACGUGGAGCCUAAAUUGGAGGAUAGAAAGCAAACGGCAACCUUUCUGCACAGCGGCUUUAUCAACUCUCCUCAAGCCACCAACGAUAUCAAUCCCACCACCAUGGACCUCGCCAGAUACCUUGCCCACAGCCAGCUCGUUACAACAGGAUUGACGGCCUUUAACGCCAAGCCUGAGAAUUACUGGGCUUGGCGAUCCUCCUUCCAAAAUGCCAUAGCAGGCCUGGGCCUUUCACCCGGAGAGGAGCUAGAUCUUUUGGUAAAAUGGCUUGGAAAAUAAUCCUCGGAGCAGGCAACAAGAAUUAAGGCUGUCAACAUGAGGAAUCCAACAGCAGGUUUGAAGAUGGUUUGGCAGAGGCUCGAAGAAACGUAUGGUUCACCUGAGUCUAUUGAGCAUGCCCUCUUUACCAAGCUUGAUAACUUUCCCAGGAUCAUCAUCAAAGAGCCAUACAAGCUACGUGGGCUCGGGGACCUUCUGUCAGAAAUCGAAGCGGCAAAGGUCGAUGAGUAUCUACCUGGGUUGUCUUACCUUGAUACCUCCAGGGGAGUUGCACCGAUCGUUGAGAAGCUUUCUUAUAACAUCCAAGUAAUUAGGACGUACAUGGUAAAUGGUAGGGAAUUGAAGAAUACAGUUGAACAGAGGGAUCUGGGAAUAACCAUGCAUAGUUCCUUGAAGGUGGAAUCUCAUAUAAAUAGGGUGGUAAAGAAAGCUUUUGGUAUGCUAGCCUUUAUAAAUUAGAGCAUUGAGUGUAGAAGCUGGGAUGUAAUGUUAAAAGUGUACAAGGCAUUGGUGAGACCAAAUCUGGAGUAUGGUGUACAAUUUUGGUCGCCCAAUUAUAGGAAGGAUGUCAACAAAAUAGAGAAAGUACAGAGGAGAUUUACUAGAAUGUUGCCUGGGUUUCAACAACUAAGUUACAGAGAAAGGUUGAAUAAGUUAGGUCUUUAUUCUCUGGAGUGCAGUAGGUUAAGGGGGGACUUGAUAGAGGUCUUUAAAAUGAUGAGAGGGAUAGACGGAGUUGAUGGGGACCAGAUUUUCCUUUUGAGAAUAGGGAAGAUUCAAACAAGAGGACAUGACUUCAGAAUUAAGGGACAGAAGUUUAGGAGUAACAUGAGGGGGAACUUCUUUACUCAGAGAGUGGUAGCGGUGUGAAAUGAGCUUCCAGUGGAAGUUGUGGAGGCAGGUUCGUUGGUAUCAUUUAAAAAUAAAUUGGAUAGGCAUAUGGAUGAGAAGGGAAUGGAGGGUUAUGGUAUGAGUGCAGGCAGGUGGGACUAAGGGUAAAAAGUUGUUCGGCACGGACUUGUAGGGCCGAGAUGGUCUGUUUCCGUGCUGUAAUUGUUAUAUGGUUAUAUGGUUAUUGAAAAGUGGACUGAAUUUGGAUCCAAUUAUAAACGCCGCCACCGCAUCUCUUUCCCCCCACUUAAAGUGUUUGCCGACUUUAUCCAUGCAGAGGCAAAAACCAGAACGGAUCCCAGCUUCAAUCUUUGCCUCUCUUGUCCAGCAAUCGUCCAGAGAGAAAACAUAGAGAGACAUGGAAAAACUCUUGUCUCCGUCCACAGGACACAAGCGUCUCCAACAGCUCCUGAGACACAGAAAACCAGUGACCCAUCCAAGCUGUGUCCCAUUCAUGCCAAGAUUCAUCCAUUAAAGAAGUGCAGAGCCUUCAGAGAAAAGAGCCUGGAAGACUGCAAACACUUCCUUCAUGGAACAUUCCAUUUGUUUCCGCUGCUGCUCCUCCACAAGUCAUUUCGCCAAGAACUGUACAGCGGAAGUGAAAUGUACCGAGUGUGACAGUGACAGACACCUCUCUGCUCUACAUCCAGUCCCAGCCCCUUGGAACUCCGAGCCAUCUCCCCCCGCAUCUGAGCAUGGCGGGGAGGAAGAGGUAGCAGUAAACCAGGAGAUCACCUCCACGUGCACAGAUGUGUGCGGUGAUGGGGUCAGCGCGAGAGCAUCCGCUAAGAUAUGUCUCAUCUCAGUCUAUCAAGAAGGACGUCGCCAAGAGGCACGCAGGAUGUACGCCAUCUUAGAUGAACAGAGCAACCGCUCUCUUGCAACAUCUGAGUUUUUCAAUAUCUUUGGGAUCAACGGCAAUCUUAAGCCAUAUUCACUGCGGACAUGUGCCGGGCUCAAGCAGACUGCAGGUAGAACAGCCUGCGGCUACGUGGUGAAGUCUGUGGACGAGAAGACAUUGCUCCCUCUUCCUCCACUCCUAGAAUGUAAUCAAGUGCCUAACAACCGUGACGAGUUCCCCACUCCCAACGUUACGCGUCACCACAGCCAUCUCAGAUGCAUUGCCAACGCGAUUCCUCCACUGGACCCAAACGCCAAAAUACUGCUCCUAUUGGGAAGAGAUAUUCUGCAGGUGCAUAAAGUGAGGAAACUAAUUAAUGGUCCCAACAAUGCCCCGUACGCCCUGAAGCAGGAUCUGGGACGGGUAGUUGUUGGCGAUGUAGGUCUUAGUGGAGCACAUAGACCUACCCAAGCGGAGGGACGCGCUCCAGGAUCUACAGAUGCGACAGAUUCCACGGCCCUACACCACAUUCUCAAAGUUGAGCAUGCUACAACAGGAGCUCUAUCUGUUCUCGGACGCAUCAGGCAAGCCAAGAUACUCAGUUGCCUAUCUGAGGGUCAUCAUCAAAGACGGAAUGACGGAGGUGGGUUUCAUCUUUGGCAAAGCAAAGCUGGCAACCCAGCCAGAGCUCACUAUUCCAAGACUAGAAUCGUGCGCAGCGGUCUUGGCUGUCAAAAUCUCAGAGACGAUUGCGAAGGAGAUGGACGACAUCAUCUACCACACGGCCAGCAAAGUAGUAUUGGGGUACAUCUGUAACCGGUCAAGGCAGUUUACACAUACGUCCACAGCCGUAUCCAACGCAUCCAUCAGUUUUCGUCAUCUCAUCAGUGGAGGUUCGUUCCCACGGAUGACAUCCCAGCUGACCCCGGAUCACGGUCCGUCCCAGAAGCUCUACAUCCGCCCAAUCACCAAAGUGGUUCUCCUCCUGUCUCCCAAGGACUCUGAGGGUUAAAUGGGAAAUUUGCAUGGGGUCUGGGAGACCCCAGGCGGGGAGUGUGCUGGACCAUUUUCUGUUUACAGGUAUUAAUGCCACCUGCUGGAUGUUCAGGCUCCUACAGCUUUGAGUUACCCUUCCUGUUAGGCAAGAAGUUGUCAUAAACCAGGAAGCCCAGCCCAGGGAGAGUACCGCAUGGCGUAGACUGUAAUUCCUGUGCGUAAUUUACUGCCAUCCCACCGCACCAGUUUGUUAGACGCAUUGUCUGAAAAAUCCUCGGCACACAUAUGGCGGAGGGGGGCUCUGAGCGAGGUGGCCAAAAAUGAUGGCCGUAGGUCGCGGCGUUCUCUCGGAAAUCGCAGCACAGAUGGCCAAAACCGGACAAGAACAGACUUUUAGUAAUAUAGAUAUGGACACACUGAUCUGUUCUGUAUCCAUGCAUACUAUAUUCUGUUGUGCUGAAGCAAAGCAAGAAAUUUAUUGUCCUAUCUGUGACACAUGAGAUUAAACUCACUUGAAUCUAUCACAUAUGACGUAUGAGCAUCUCAGUCAAACGACAGUAUCAUCAUCAUCAUCAUCAACUCAGUACCUCAUAAUGAGAAAACAAUAAUGAAAUAAAAAAGUCCGCUCCAAAGA